GAUGUUUUCGUUCAGCUGUUUCCGCUCGGCCACCGCCAGAAACAGCACCUCUGCGUCUCAAGUCAGGGUUCCCCAGCUGGGGCAUGUCCCGCCAUGUUCGACCUGAAGGCCGACUGGAACUUGUCCUUUGCCGGGUGCGGCUUCUUGGGGAUCUACCACAUUGGAGUGGCCAGCUGCUUGCUGGAGAAAGCCCCGUACCUUGUGAAAGGAGCCACCCGGCUGUACGGGGCCUCUGCCGGAGCGCUCACCGCCUCAGUUCUCGCAAGCCACGCAUGUAUAGCGAAAUGCUGUGAGGACGUCAUUGAGGUGGCAAAGGAAGCCAGGAAGAGAAACCUGGGCCCACUCCACCCAACCUUCAACCUAGUGAAGGUCCUGAGGUCCGGCCUGAACAGGGACCUCCCCUCUGAUGCUCACGUCCUGGCCUCUGGCAGACUCUGCGUCUCCCUGACCAGAGUGUCAGACGGAGAGAACGUGCUGGUGUCAGAGUUCGGUUCCAAAGAGGAGCUCAUCCAGGCUCUGGUCUGCAGCUGUUUCAUCCCCAUCUACUGUGGACUGAUUCCUCCAUCCUUCAGAGGAGUGCGGUAUGUGGAUGGUGGAAUCAGUGAUAACCUGCCUCAGUCGGAGCUGAAGAACACCAUCACCAUCUCGCCCUUCUCUGGUGAAAGCGACAUCUGCCCUCGGGAUAACUCCACCAGCUUCCAUGAGCUCCGUUUCACUAACACCAGUAUCCAGAUGAACAUGGGGAACCUGUACCGCCUCAGCAGAGCUCUGUUUCCCCCAGAACCCAAGGUCCUUGCUGACAUGUGUCAGAGUGGCUAUAAGGACGCUCUGCGCUUCCUUCAGGAAAACAACUUGCUGAUGCUGGACUGCCCCAGCCGCAGCCUGCCAGACUGCUCCGGAAUCAGCCCCGGCUCCAGCUCCGGUCCCAGCUCCAGCAGCUGCUGCUCAAAGCCUGCUGAGGGCACCAAGGAGUGGGUGCUGCGUAGGCUCCGCCUGCUGCACAACAAGCACUGGUGGCUGGAUGAGCACAUUGUUCUGCCCACCCACAUAAAGAAAGUGUUCUGUGAGGCCUGCCAAGACAAAUCGGGUCUUUAUGCCAGAGUGUCUGGCAUGCUGCCACUGAGAGUUGCUUCCUACAUGCUGAUGCCAUGCACACUUCCGGUCCAGUCUGCAUAUUCUGUGGCCCAGAGGUUUGUGGAGUGGAUCCCAGAGGUGCCUGCUGACGUGCGCUGGCUGUUUGGGGUGGCAGGUGACGUGUACAGACAGGCCUGGAAAACCAACACAGUUACUGCCAACAGUGAGCGCUGCCUGAGGAAGUGCUUGAGUGUCCCGCCGCUCCCUUCAGACCCUGAAAGUCCCACACAGACCAUCGUUCCUGCUCUUUCUUCCUUUGACCUUCACAGCAACUACUGGGACAUCCCAUCCCCAUCGUCUACCUCCUCCUCUCUCACUGCCCCUGCUUCCCCACAGCAAGUAUGCUUCUUUGUUGGCUCACAAGAUGAGGCUCAGAGCCCUUAAAGGCUGUGAAAACCUGGACUUUGACUGGACUACACUCUGCUCCUUCUGGGUGGAGGGAAGGUGGAGUGAGCCUCAUGAGGACUUAGCCCCUCCCACUGGGGAGCAAAGAUGUGCUUCAUGGCAGAGGAAUGUAACUCUACCUGUGAGCUGUAAAUUUGCACAUAUGUAUUUAUUCUAAAGCAUUGAUCUUGAUUCAGAUUUUAUUUUUCUGUCCAUUAACUGUGAUGGGUCUUCAGCAAGUGCCUUUAGAAGUCUUUCAUGUAAGUUUUGAAGUUUAGAAAGUCAGUUCCUUGAAAAACUGAUAAUCAAUUUGUUUGAAGUCUUUAAAAAUGAGGAAAAUAUGCAGUUUGCUUUCAGUGUUUUUAAAAGUUUUAAUAUAUGGAAAAUAAACGGUUUCCUAAUUUUAUCAAAUUUUCUAAAAGAUUUUUUAAAAAUCUAGACUUCCUAAAUUAAAUGUUUUUAUAUUUACUUUAAGAUAUAAAAACAGUCUUAGUUUCCAUUGUAAAACAGUUUUUGCUCAAUAAUGCAAAUCAUUUACCAUACAUUGCCUGUACUAUGUGCAAAUUGUCACACUCUAUUUUAUUUCAAUUUGAAAAGUGACUGCUGAAGUGUGUGGUCAGAAAGAUUGGAAUUGUUUGUCUAAACUUUAUUCAGUUUUAAUCUAAUUCAACCAUAACAAUUUCCAUCCAGCCAACACUAACACAUGGAGUUAAAUAUGGAGUUAAAUAAUGUUGAUUUUGCAUGAUCAAAAUCAUGAUUUUGCAAAUGCAUGCCUGGCUGUAACAUCAGCCUGGUAAAGCAACAUGUCUAUGCAACAGUCAUGUUGCAGUACAGUGAGAAUGUUUUUUAUCCAGUCUGCACUGUCAAACAGGGUCCGGUCUGUUUGACUGGGAUAUUUUCUGAAGAUUUGUUCCAUAAACAGUUCUAGAGCUGUUUAAUUUUCCAGUCUGCACUUCAGUUCAGUUUUGACUAAAGUUCAACAAAUUCUACAUCCACUGAAUUUGAUGAUGGAACUGGAAUCUCUAAUAACUUCAGUUCAAUUGAAAAUAAUUUUUAUUCCCAAAAGGGAAAUCAAAUGUUGUUGUAUGAUGUGACUUUUACAGACAGGUGGAGGACAAUCAACAGCGUCAGACAUCUUAAUAAUCAAUAGGUAGAAAAGAAACAGCUACUCCAAACAGGUGUUGCCUUCUGUGGGGUUAACAUAGAAAUGACCAAAGGUUUUACUCCCCUCUUUCCAGGCCACAACAUUUUCAAGCUUUUAUGUAUUUGGAGAGAUCCAAGUUUUCUUAGAUAAUGUCAACCAGACUUUUGAGAGAAAGUCUGAAUUAAAAUCCAUUUAUGGUUUAUGUUGACAUAUUGCUUGUUCAGACAUGAUUUUUUUUCUUUAUGUUGUGUGUUCUGUAGUUAUGAUGACUGCCAGGUUUUUUUCAACAUUCAAAAUAAAGUUUUACUGUAUCAUCA